AUGACAGUUUUGAGUACCGGUUCGCGCGAUGGCGCGCACUACUUGGGUCGUGGCACCCAAGGCGAGCCUGUCGAAACUAAUCUUGUGUGUUUGGCCACAAAUCCCAACACGGAUGGUUUUGGACAGGCGCAAUCCCAGUUGAGUAUUCAGAAACAUGAUGUGACUGUUUCGGGACUCGAUCGUUGCCAUGCUAAGGAGCAUGGUAACUAUGAUGAAUGUGCCCACGAUGCCGUGUAUAACACCGUGGAGAAUACUGAAACGGACCACAAUGGCGCUUGGCAGAUUGUGGGGCCGAAUGGAAAGUGA